CCCUCCCACCACAAGGCAAACAGAGUGACUUCAUACGGCUUAUGUGAAAGCUUUAAUGUAUGACGCUAAUACUCCUGGUUAGUUUUAUAGUAGCUUACAUCAGAAAUGGGCAGGACACAUGGAUGUUACCUAUUAAGGUGACGGUGGUGUUUCAGUUAUCCUUGUGUACCGUGGGAAAGAGACGGACUGAAGUAGUAGCUAGCGAGCGCAGGACACUAGAAUCUUGAGACGAGAGCUUCGUGACUUUACACCAUGUUGACUUCUGUGGCAGAGAGCGCUGCUCGGCUCACCGGAUCUGUUAUGGAUUCAGUCUCUGGUUUACAGUUGUUGGGCUUGCUGUGCAUAGUUUACAUUGUAUUCAGUGCAGCCAAACUGUUUUACAGAAGAAGGGAACAAAUCAAUGCCUUGGCGGAUUUUCCUGGUCCCAAGCCCCACUGGCUGUACGGCCAUGCAGUUGAGAAAGAGGAAAAUCUUUUAAACUUUAUCUAUGAAACUUCUAAACAGUACCGCUAUGCAUGUCCUCUUUGGAGUGGUCCGUUUAUGUCUUCACUGUUUACCACUCAUCCGGAAUAUGCCAAAGUAGUUUUUGGUAGUUCAGAGCCCAAGGAUAAUGUAGUAUAUCAGUGGAUCGUUCCUUGGAUUGGAAAAGGGCUGCUGGUUUUAUCUGGACAGAAGUGGUUCCAACACAGAAGAAUGCUGACUCCUGCAUUUCACUAUGAUGUUCUAAAACCUUAUGUCAGAGUGGUUGCAGACUCUGUCAACAUCAUGCUGGAUAAAUGGGAAAAACACUUUACUAUGAAUGAGUCUUUGGAUAUAUAUCCAGAUGUCAGCCUGAUGUCUCUGGACAGCAUCAUGAAAUGUGCUUUCAGUUGCAACAGCAAUUGCCAGAUUAAGAGUGACAAUCCUUAUAUCAAAGCAGUUUAUGCUCUCACUGCCUUAACCCGGUUCAGAGUCCGAUGCUUUCCUUAUCACAACAGUCUGAUCUUCCACCUUAGUCCUCAUGGCUUUAAGUUUCGGAAGGCUUGCAGCCUUGCACAUGCUCAUACAGGAAAAGUGAUACAACAGAGGAAAGAAAUCCUUAAAGAUGAAAAAGAAUUGGAGAAAAUCCAGCAGAAGCGCUACCUUGAUUUCCUUGAUAUCCUGCUGUUUGCCAGAGAUGAAGAUGGAAAGGGGCUGUCUGAUAAAGACAUCUGUGCUGAGGUUGAUACAUUCAUGUUUGAAGGACAUGACACUACGUCAAGUGGCAUUUCAUGGAUCCUCUACUGUAUGGCCAUGUACCCAGAACACCAGACAAAAUGUAGGGAAGAGAUCCAGGAAAUUCUUGCUGGAAGAAACACAUUGGAGUGGAGUGACCUCAGCAAGCUGACGUACACUACCAUGGUUAUUAAAGAAUGCCUGAGACUUUACCCUCCUGUACCUGGCGUGGGAAGAGUAACCACUAAAAGAAUGACCUUUCCUGAUGGGAGAUCAGUGCCAGCAGGUUCAAGAAUUGGAGUUAGUAUAUACAGCAUUCAUAGACAGCCAGACAUCUGGGAAGACCCAGAGGUGUUUGAUCCUUUAAGAUUUUCACCAGAGAGGUCUGCCAACAGACAUUCAUAUGCCUUUAUACCAUUUGCUGCAGGAGGAAGAAACUGUAUUGGCCAACAAUUUGCUAUGAAUGAGAUGAAAGUAGCCACAGCACUGACACUGGCCCGGUUUGAAUUGGCACCAGAUCUAGCCAAGCCCCCUAUUAAAAUCCCACAGCUGGUUCUCCGAUCAAAAAAUGGAAUACACCUUAAGCUUAAAGUUAUUAAUACAGUGAAAGCCUAAAAUGGACAAAAGUAUAACUUAAUCAUUUUUGAAACUUAAAAGAUUUUGACAGAAUCUAUAAAAAGAGAUGUAUUAUAUAUUUUUGAGCCUAUGGAGUAAAUGCUUUUUAACCAAGAAAUGUUCGUAAAACUGUUUGAAAUAUGACCCCCUAAAAAGUACCUCAGUAAAUUGUAUUGGUUUGUUCAAAGACUAAUCUAUUGAAAAUGUGUUGCCUGUGAGAGUCCAGUAGAUGAAACACUGUAAUAGAUAUACUGUUUGACUAUGAUAAAGUAACAAUUAUGAAAGCCAAAAUAGUGGUUGCAUUGUCUUCAUUUCUUUCAUGAAAUAUGAGAAAACAAUAACUUCAUCUCCUUUCAAAUGCAAAUUAACUCACACCAGAAUAAUCCCCUUUUUUAUAGUCAUAAGAGUAUUCUUCCUUUGACUGUGAAGUCACAUAAGCUUUGUCUACAGACAGUAGCUGUGAUGGUGAUGAUUUUUUUAUGGUAGUACUUCAGCUUUCACACACAAACUGCCAU